AUGAGUGUGUGGUUGACUUCGGGGCAACCGCCCCAGGAGAGAGAGGCCCACACGGCCGAUGAAGAACAUUUACGAUGGGCGUACUCGUGUGAUGGUGACAGUGAUUUCGUUGAAGCCGUAGAUAAUGAAGAGGAACCAUCAGUAAAGCUUCUCACAUUCAGCUUCCAAUGUCGCCGUCUGAAAGGAAGUGAGGAAAUGUCUGACGACGAUGAAGAGGCUGAAAUGAGCUGGAUGAAAUCAGUGGAGGAAGAAACGUGCAAUGGAUUGUCUUCCGAUACUAAGGAUGGAACAAAGUUACUACCCUUGGUAGACUACAUUCUCAUUUUGACCAAGAUCUCAGAUCUGGAAGGGUUUGUAGAGAAGAAUGGUGUUGAAAAGAUUUUUUCGCUAUACAGUCUACCCUCUCUUGCAGCAGAUUUGGCUGCGAGCACAUUCUCCACUAGUGUCGGUAGUAUUGUCAAAUUCGUUUUGAAACACGCAGAAUCUGGAGACAAACUCAUGUUUGCAAUCAUGGAGGUAUUCUUGCAAUCUGAAUUCAAUCCCAAUCCCAAUCGAGUCUGGGAUGCUUGGCUGACUGAUACUGGUAAGAGGCUACAUGUAGGAUUCCGCAAGUGCUCAGUGUGA